UGAGAAAGAUAAAAGUUUCAAGGUCAAAGCUCAGUCUUCAGAAUUGUCUUCCUUCACCAAUACCAUCAGAAAAGUUCAUCUGGGCUUCUUCAAUCAAAGCCAUUAACAUGGUGAAGGUUUCUUCUUUUUCUCUGUUUUUCCUGGUAGCUGGGGCUUAUGUGACUCCAGAGUGUUUUGGCAUGGAGAUUAUUGGAGGGCGAGAAGUGUCGCCACAUUCCCGGCCAUUCAUGGCCUCCAUCCAGUACCGCGGCCACCACCUCUGUGGAGGCGUGCUGAUCCACCCCCAGUGGGUGCUGUCCGCAUCCCACUGCCGCACCCGGCAUGAAAAAGUCCAGCUUUUCAAAGUGAUUUUAGGAGCACACUCUCUCUCAAAGAAUGAGGCCUCCAAACAAAUAUUUGAGAUUGAAAAAUUCAUACCAUUCUCAAGAAUCAGAUCAUAUCGUAAAUCAAAUGAUAUUAUGCUGAUUAAGCUUCACACGGCUGCAACCCUUGACAAACAUGUCCAGCUGCUCCACCCAAGCUCCAAAAAUGAUAUCAGAGCUGGAACAAAAUGCCAGGUUACUGGCUGGGGAGCCACUGACCCACACUUGUUAAGGAACUCAGACACCCUGCACGAAGUCACCGUUACGGUCAUAAAUCGAAAACUUUGCAACAGUCCAAGUUAUUACAACCACAACCCUAUUAUAACUGAAGACAUGAUAUGUGCAGGAGAUGCCAGGGGCCAGAAGGAUUCCUGCCAGGGCAAACAGAGCCUGAAGUGCUGCGGUUGGUGAUGCGAGUAGCCGCAGAGGCAAAGAUGGCUCUUCAGAUCAGAAAGCCCCGUCUUGUCACCCUGUCACUUUCUUUGAGAGAAUUGUAGUUACAUGCUUAGUUCUGAGUCCUCAGGAAUCCCUUCAUGGGGCAAGUAUUUACAAAGUAUUGUACAGGUGCAGAGCAUUAUAUUCAAUCACAGGAGAAUGCAAAAACGGGGAAACAAAAAUAAGACAGAGUCCCUGCCAUUGAUGUAUUUACUAUGAUACAUUUCUCCUUUCCGCCUGUCUCAGUAGCAACUUGAUUUCAGAUCUGUGGGUGCCAAAAUGAAAUCCACAAUUUAAACAUUUCUUUCAUUUCAGCAGAUUCCUUUAAACUUUGCAUCUACCCAUUCCUUGUUGAAUAAAGUUCUAC